UCGUUGUGAAUACUUAAAAAAAAAAAUGGUUGUAGCUGUGAUUGCUGCUUUAGAUUGCAAUACACUAUGAAAAAAAAAGUGACGCUAUGAAUUUUACAGAAUUCUAUCUCCGAUUUGGACACUUGUUUCCUAAGAACCUUUCUUUAUUCAACAACUUUAGUUUUCGGGACUUGAUUCCUUUCACGGACAAUGUGCUUUUUUCGGGCCACGAGCCCAGCACGAUCAUAUUGGUGAUCAUGUACUCGCUGUCCUUUAUUAUCGGGCUGGUGGGCAACAUCAUGGCACUGAGGGUCCUAACACGCAAGAGAAGGAACCGGCUAGCGGGAGUCACUGCCACCAGAAGCCUCCUAAUUAACCUAGCCAUCUGUGACAUGAUGGUGGUGUGCAUCUGCAUGCCAGUUAACCUCGGACACCAGGUCUACAAUGCGUGGAUCUUUGGGGACUUUUUGUGUAGGGCUGUCCCGUUUGUCCAAGCGGUGUCCGUCUCCGCCAGUGUCCUUAGCCUCGCAGUCAUCAGCUUGAACAGGUACUACAGCGUUCACAACCCUCUCAACGCCAGGUCCUUCUUUACCUGGAGGAAGAUCUUUUGGAUGAUUUGCGUGGUCUGGGCUUUGUCCUCGGGGCUUUGCAUGCCGCUGAUCUUUAUGAACAAAACCAAGGACCUCGUUCUGCUGGACGGACAGCAGGUAAUAACGGUGUGCAUGGAAACUUGGCCCCAUGUCAGACUCAGGCAAGCUUAUAACUUUCUGCUCUUCUGUGCUCUGUAUGGCUUUCCCGUUAUUUUCAACCUCAUCAUUUGCUUACUCACAGGGCGCAAGCUGUGGAGCACCGACGACAAAUUUAAAGAUUACACGUGCAAUUUAGCUGCGUCCUUGUCCCGGCUGAAAGUACGCAAGAAAAUAGCAAAGAUGGUGGUGGCUUUAGUAAUUCUGUUUACACUCUCCUGGUUGCCUCUGUACGUGGUGGACAUUUGGAUCGAUUUUAACAUGUCCAAUGCCUCUGCUGAGGAAGAGGACCUCGAUCAUGUUCAGCACGAAUCGAUUCUGCAAGCCAGACCCUUUGCGCAGUGGCUGGGGCUAACAAAUUCUACGCUCAAUCCUCUGUGCUACUGCUUUGUGGGGAACUUAUACAGAUCCGCCAAGAAGUUCAGAGAGAGCUACAGGAAAAUGUUCUCGUCCGUGUUUAGCUUGCCAUUAGCCCAGACCCCACCCAUCAACUCUGUUCCGAGGCUGUUGUCUUACAGGGCUUCAAAUGAGAAUUCGGACCCGGAAAUCUGCGCCUGGAGAGACUUUGUCUUUAAUGAGCAUCUCACUAAUAACAAGAGCGUCUCCGUUGUCACAGUGUGUGAAACGAUAUUCGACUAAGUAAAGCUGUCUAUAUUGCAUGAUGUACGGUACAUGUAUUUUUGUAAAAUAAGCCUAUUUAUAAUAAAUAUGAGUUUACACUGUUCAUCUUUGGCUUCUGUUCUAUUAA